CCACGAGGGGCAGAGCGUAAUCCCAGUGUCGAGAUACUCCCAGUCUGACCAAGGCAAAAGUCCCGCCUCCCGGCUCUGCGAAGUGGUAAGCUACGAUAAGGGCAGUCAGGCACACUAAGCCAAGAAGACCGGGCCGCUGAGGCUCCGCGUCGGACAUUGGUACCUUGGCUCAAUCUCCCUCGCUGCAUUAUAAGGACGGAUCAAUAGCACGCCCCCCCUCCCCCUCACAGCUUGUCUUUCUUUCUUCCAGUCACACCUCACGAACCGCACUUGGCCCACCUCCUCCCCUACACCCCUCCUCUUCCUCGCCGGCCCCCCCACCACCUCGUCUCGCUCUAGCACAAGCAGGCAAAGAGGGCAGCAAGUCUUGGCCAAGCUCCGCCGCACAUCAAAACACCACCUUCGGACGCAUAUAGCCAUACCCACCACAAGUACAAUCUCACAAUAUGGUCAACGUAACCGCAACGCCUGAGGGCAACAUCGCGACCACCGUAGAUGGAGAGCAGUACAUCUACAACCUCGGUGACAUCGCCUGGGUUAUUGUCGCCACAGCCCUUGUCUGGAUCAUGAUUCCCGGUCUGGGCUUCUUCUACGCUGGUCUGCUCCGCAAGAAGAGCGCUCUGUCCAUGCUCUGGAUGUCCAUGAUUCUCUCGUCCAUUGUCCUCUUUGAGUGGUUCUUCUGGGGCUUCUCCCUCGCUUUCUCGUCCAGCUCGGGCAACGCCUUCAUCGGUGACUUGGCCCACUUUGGUAUGAUGGGCGUUGACAUCCAGCCCUCAGCUGGAGGUUCCUACAUCCCCAACCUCCUCUACGCCAUCUACCAGGGAAUGUUCGCCGCAAUUACUCCCGUCAUUGCCGCUGGUGCCUUUGCUGACCGAGCCAGGCUCCUGCCGGUGAUGAUCUGGACCUUCUGCUGGAGCACCAUCGUCUACAACCCCAUUGCCUACGGUACUUGGAACGUCGGUUAUGGAUGGAUGAACAACCUGGGAGGACUGGACUUUGCAGGAGGCACACCCGUCCACAUCUCCUCUGGAACUGCCGCUCUCGCCAUCUCCAUCUUCCUUGGUCGCCGAAAGGGUUACGGAACAGAGGCCCUUGCCUACCGCCCCCACAACGUCUCCUACGUUGUUCUGGGUACAGUCUUCCUGUGGUUCGGCUGGAACGGAUUCAAUGGUGGUUCCGAGAUUGGUGCCAACCUGCGAGCUGUGAUGGCCAUGUACGUCACCAACAUGUCUGCCGCCGUGGGCGGAUUGACCUGGAUGAUGUGGGACUACAGGCUAGAGCGCAAGUGGUCUGCCGUCGGAUUCUGCUCUGGUGCCGUUGCCGGCCUGGUCGCUAUCACCCCUGCGUCGGGUUACGUUGCUCUGCCCGCCUCUGUCGCCUUUGGUGUUGUUGCUGGCACUGCUUGCAACUGGGCUACCGCACUCAAGGGUUUCAUGGGAGUCGAUGACGCUCUGGAUAUCUUCGCCGCCCACGCCGUCGGUGGUCUGGUUGGAAACAUCAUGACCGCCCUCUUCGCCGACAACCGAGUUGCCUCCUUCGACGGCUCUGACCCCAUUGGCGGUGGAUGGAUCAACCACCACUGGAUCCAGCUGGGAUACCAGCUUGCCGACAGCUGCUUCGGUUUCGGUUGGUCCAUGGCCAUCUCCUUUGUCCUGCUCUUCGUCAUUGACCGAAUCCCCGGUUGCCACUUCAGGACUAGCGACGAGCGCGAGCUCAUCGGUGCCGACCUCGGUGAGGUUGGUGAGCCCUGCUACCACGGUCUCAGCGGCGGUGACGAGGUCGACGCUAUGUUCGAGUCUGCGUCCAACGACGUCGGUGCUGGUUCCACCCACUCUCCGGAGAAGCACGAGGCCAUGGUCGACGAGUCUCCUCGCCACGGCGGUACCGCUCCUGAGCCUCUGGCCAGUUCUCACGCCAGCUCUGCUUAGAUUCCCCACCCCACUCCGUCAUCGUUAGGCGCCCGCAUACAUGAUUGCAAUGGAUGAGACCUGUGGCGUAGGGUCGAGGAGCGGGCCUGCGCCUCUCUACUCGCCUGGCCUCUUUCCAAACCCACCCGCCUCUUGCUCUUGCCCAUUCUUCUUGCUUUCCCUCGUUCUAUUUCCUGCUCUCUCUCUUCCUCUCUCUUUCAGUAAUUCCCCUUCUCUUUACUUCUACACUUGUUUCCAAAGUCACGUCGAGGUCUGUCUCUCUUCUCCUCGUUGAAUCCUCUGUUUUUUUUUU